CUUAACCAUGCUGAGUGCCGAUACUGAUUUAUGCAAUGUCAUUGUUCUUUUUUUUUCGGACAAAAUCAUCACAUAAUUUGCUUCACACUUGCCGCUUUGGUUAGCUACAAACAAUACAAUCAGCUAUCGGAACUGAACUAGUCUGGCAGUGGUCGAACUAGACCUCACCCCUCGGUUAACAAUCUAUGAACGAAUUUGCUUAAAAUCAAAGAAUGGCAAUAUGCAAUAAGAUGAUUACGAUCUAAUGCAUCAUUUCAUUGGCACGAUACGUUCGCUCUUUAAAGACUGGAAUAUAUUGGAAGUCGACAUGGCAAUCAGCAGCAGGGAUUCCGUUGGCAAUAAAUCCGGAAAAACAAAUAGCCAAAACUGAACAAGCGCAAAUGUGCACGUACACUUCUGCUAGCUGCUUGUCACGUAACUCAAACAGGCUUGUAAAUUGUCAAUCAGAACAGUUUUAUUUUAUUACAAUUCUUCACGAACAAUCUGUUCAUCGUUCAGCGACCGUGAUCGUGGCACAGGCCCAGAAUAUGCCCAUGCAUUCUCUGGUCACUUGCAUUCAAUUAACGAAUCUUCGAAUCACGAGAAAAACGAGGGGGUGCACCUUGGCUUGGCAUAUCAUAUGCACGUGGCAUAAAUCUAAUUUCCUCUAGUACAAAACAGCAAGUAAAACCGCAAGAUCACGGAAGAAUGAUGUACCGUGGGAACCGUUUAAACAGCACACGGUUAGAGCUUGGACAGGAAGUAGAGCGUGCGCGACAAGAAAAAACACCCGACACCUAAAACAGCGUCCCAGUGCAUUUAUCUGUGUUACAACAGAAUCUUGCGAAUGAAUUCGUGAUGUAUUUCUAUGUUAGUACUUUAUUAUGUUUUAUUUUAGCUAACACGCUUGCACCACGUGUGUUGUGGGCCUCUGAAAACCCUCUCUUCCUGGUCUCCUAUUUUCCGGCAGCUUCGGCCGAGCUCCUCCAGAACAUCCAUUGGAGCGUGCAAAACCAAUCCCAAUAACUCAUCACAAACGGUGAUCUAUGGAGAAUGCAAAAGAGAAGAGAAAAAAAACAACUAGAAUAGCUGUAGCCGCCUUUAGUGACAACAGACGGAGAGCACGAACUCGAAUGGUAUUUAGGCGUUUUUACUGUGUUAUAAUGUUUUUAAUCAAGCGAUGUACUACGUGGGCUUAACUAAAAAAAAACAUGAUGGAAACACAUUCACGAGUCGCAUGUAGCCAGCGAUAGAGACCCAAUUCACGUGUAUGGUUUAGUUUUUUUUUUGUUACUAUUUUUUCCUUUACUAUCUGGGGGCGACCAUAAUCAAGCAAUAGAUAGCUGAUGCCCACCCGAAACGGUGUUCAGCUAGCGAAGGAAUUAUGUAAAUUAUUGUCAUGCGAUUGUUUCUUUCUCCAAAAAUUACUUCUGUUUUAGUAUCUACACAGCGCGAUGAGAGUUGUACAAGGAAACUAUUUAUAGAUUCGAACCCGUUUAAAUCAUGAUUACGAACAUAUAAAUAUAUAUACAUACAUAAAUAUAUCUAUAUAUAUAUAUAUAUAUAUAUAUAUAUAUAUACAAAUUUACGUAUAGAUUAUACACGUAUUGAGCAUUCUUCCUGAAUGUGUAACGCACUCCCGUCUCUCUAACCUCCUGUAAUAAUGUAAAGUAAUCACAAGUCCUCUCCAACCUGUGCGCGACCCAGCAUUCAAAAAGGCAAGCAAGGAGAGGACGGCUCGUUGUAGCAGAUGAAUUUAAGGCAAACGUGUGUAUCAUCUGUACGUCAGUCGUCCAGAAAAAAACGAGUUAGUUCGCUUAUCAGUUCAUUUUUUAUAUAUGUCUACAAAAAAAAUCAACAAACAAGCCACCUGUGUUUUGUGUUUUUAUUU